CCAAUACUGAAGGUGUACCCGCUGUACUAUUUUUAGUUUCUAAAAAAUAUGAAGUCAAACACAAAGUCUAAGUCAAACUCAAGGUGUGUCAUCCACCACAACACACUGUGAAAAAAACAAAAGAAACAAAUGGCGUUCUCCGAGCGUCCAACAGUGCGCGCUAAGAGAGCGUGAAGAUCGUUGUAGGCUUCUCGGACGAAAUUGAAUAUGUCCGAGGAAGCCGAGAAGGAGCCGUCAUUGGCCGAGGCAGAUGCAGCGCCAAAUCCGUCAGGCUCAGAUGCCGGAAGCGCUGCGCGUGACGCCAGCAAGAGCGAGUCGGGAGCAGGUAGCAAGCCGUCGGAUGCCGAAGACGAGAAAGGCGAAGAUGCGGUCGGUGAGGAAGAAGAAGAGCCCGGCGAGGGAGCUGAGGAUCCUAGCGAGCCUCUUUCGCCAGAAGAAAUGGAACGAAAAUUACGGGCGCAAGGAACACAACUCGAGCGAGCUGACUACUGGCGGCCAUUUUGGCUAAGGGGACGUACUACUCAUACGAUAUUUCCGAAUACAAAGCACUGGUCGUGGAGGAAACAACGCAAUUUAUAAUCCACAGGAAGAAUGACUUUGAUUUUGCCUUUUUUUUCUCAGCGAGGGAGUCGUUACUUAAGUAUACUGCAAUCUACAUCAGGUAACUAUGCGGAUGAUGAGGAGACAGCAGAAGCAUUCACUGUGAGCCGUGCAGACAUGAUGACAUAUCUGAACACGCAGCUUUGGUUUAACGAGGCAGCGUGGGGCAUCCCUUUCACCAUGUUUCUCUGGGCUUUUUUCCUGACUCUUCUCGCACUUCAUGUAUGACUGGAAUAAUGAAAGAAUAGUGAGUUCUGCAAUUAUAGAUACUCUUGUAGUUAGCUGUGCAGAUCCGGCAUUUCUUGGACUUGGCACUUUUAUUUUAGCUUCCCUCUCCUUUCUUGGUCUACUCUUUAACUUCUGGCGACAUCGAGAGCAAUUAUCGUGUGCAGCACGCGGUUGGAGGCGCGUUGACGUCCGUCGUAGGGUAUGCAGAACUUGGAAACACGCCAGCAGGCGCCGUAAACGCCGACACCUCCUUCUGCCCAGCCACAUGCCAUUGCGCUUGUGUUCCACUUAUGGGUGUAGGGAAUUCAUCUCCAAAGUCAUCGUGAAGAGAAAGCCAAGAAGAAAAUGGCACCCAGAAAUCCCCGAGAUGAAUCCCCUACGCGUCUAAUCCACGCAAGUCUUUUUCGGAACCCGAAGCAUGC